UUUGUAGUGGUUGUUUCAGGGAAGAUGCAUAUAGCUUCCUCUUCGCGCUUAUCUGGUCUUCCUAAUUCCCGUAAACAGUCAUCAAAUUGGGGAAAAAUGGUAGAUCAUAUGACAAAACUACCUGCCACAUAGUCUCACUGCCAUGCCCCUGCAUGAGCUAGUUUUCUGCUGCCCUCUUUUUGCUCAGGCCAGUCCCUGCUGCUGGAGCCCAUGCACAAACAGGAGGAGCCAUGGCCACUCAGCAGCAUGCCAGAAAUAAGAACAAAAACAGUUUGCUUUCGGCCGACUCAAUUAGCUGAUGUAUCUCAUUACUGUAGAAACACUAGAACCACUGACACCAUGUGGUUUAAGAAGAGAGGAAGUGAAAAUAGAGGUUUAUUUCUCUUCUGCCCAAGUCAGAUAGUUGGAGGUGACACCAGUUCCACAGUCCCCUGGAUCCCUGGUAGUGAUGGUCAUGGUCCUGGGAAAUCCUGUUUUUGCUUCCUGUAAGGCACCACCACCACCAAGGUGGGAUAAAUACCAGCCCCUGCUUCACAGGAGUGUAAUAGAUUAAGUAGCAGAUACAUUAAAUGAUCCCUAACUAUAAUUAGCUCCCACUGUGCACCUAACACUACAACCUCAUACAAAUGAUUUCUAAUGACACAUGCAGUGACUGGGAACAGGGUAAUAGCUAUUUAAACAGUUGCUGAUCCUUGAGCUGGUACACGACAAUGUAUUUUACAAUGAUUGAGAAACUUUGGAUAUUUUUUAAAAGCACUGUAGCCAUUGAGCUGGACAAAUACUCUGUUCAGAUAAGAACAGAGAUGAUGCCCUUCCCCUAGUGGUAGCAGAUUGUUAGACACUUUCAAUCUUAACUACGCCUAUUACCAAUCUUCUCCCUACAGCAUGAUUAGCAAAACAAGUAACGUUCUCCCAGCUCAUGCCUAUGGUGUAGGCAUCCAAGCAGAGUUAAGAUGGUCUUCCUAAAAAUAUUCUUAUCUAAGUGGUUCUCUGCAACUACACUAACAUACCUACUGUUCAGAACUGGAAUCUUGCUCUCUUUUCUCCUAAUACUAACACAUAGACCUCAUCGCUGAUUAGGACCUAUAAAAUGUACCAAGGCCACGAGGCUGCUGGCCAUGCUGGGCAGCUGGGACACCUAUGCAUGGACCAGGCUGCAAGAUCAGGGAUUGAAGCCAGCAGUUUCAAAGUGCAAGGUAGUAUGAUUUUGGGUUUUUCUAAUAAUCUCUUUUGAUCCUGUUCCUCAAGCUAAGAAUGAUAAUGAGGUUUUUAUUCAAGAACAGUCUUUUGGUUCAAGGAGCAUGGAAAAUUGCAGCUUUUGGGAAUCAUGAAGCCUGAAAGCAAAGGCUCAAAAGAAAGCAAGUUUGCAACUUCAGCUAUCUUGUUAAUAACUAGCUGGUGCUAAUUGCAUAUAAUCUAGUCACCAAAAAUAAGCAGAAAGUGCCAUAGUUCUUGAAAAGCACAUCGCUUCCAAAGAAAACUUCAUUUUUUUACGUGAGCUGAAAAUUUGACUUUGUUAGACAUUUGCUUUUAAUGAAGAAACAAUGUCGUAAUACGUUUCACCUGACCUUGAAAUGGCAUCACACCUUAUUCUGUUUGGUGAUUGGGUUUCACUUCACAGGAAACAGAGAAUAAAUUUAAUUUUCUCUUUUAUAAACACAUACAUACUAAUUUAAAUGUGAUCUGCUGCUAUUUGAAUACUACAGGACUACCUCAGCACAAAGAACUGCCGCCAGUAAACCACGAUAUGCCCUCAGAAGGCAGAACAUUAUGAGUGACAGGGGGCAGAAGAUAGCUCCUACAACUGCUCAGGUCUGAGAGCUGAUACCUAAGCCAGUGACUGAUGCUAUACUAUAACCUGCACUGACUGUGCCAUACUUAAAACUGCUUCACUGUAAGGAAGACGAAAAUACAUUUCAUCUGUAGUGUUCUUUGUUCGCAGCAAUAAAAGCUAGAAGCAGAAUUGCAGCUGUUCAGGUAAGCAGUAUUUCUCCAUUUUUAGUUUGGAGGGUUCAAGAUUGCAGUGAAGUACAGAUCAGAAGUACAAGGAAACUAAAAUGAGGGUGAAUCAAGUAUUCUAGGAAAUUUCACCUAGCUUUAUUUAAAAUGUACCUUCUUGUUAAAGACAUACAUUUGUGUGACAGUGGUAUCACCAAGCAGCAGAAGAGAGAGAAAAGUUUUAUAUCUACCUUUUGUCUGAGGGUUAAUCUGCAGUUAUUUAAAACAAGCUUCAUAGUCUUUACCAAAUUCAUUUGACAGCAAAGCUGCUAUACCCUAAGCUAACCUAGAGAGGUAGGGGGUGCCCCAUUGAAACACUCACGGUCAGGUUGGAUGAGGCUCUGAGCACCCUGAUCAAGCUAUAGGUGUCUCUGUUCAUUGAAGAUCCCCAGAGGAAUGCCUCUUGUUUCACCUGAGACAUCUAAAAGUUAAAUGUUAAAUGUUCAUGUCUGAACUAGUCUCCUUGGGCUGCCUUUGUCAUCAGGGGAGAAAAAUAGGUGUGUCAAAAGAGUUGAUCAUUUAUCUUUGAAACUUCUCUUAUGGGAAGACAUUUUGCCCUGGAGGAAACUAGAUCUCUCCCCUGAUGGCAAAGAGGGACUUAGGAUGACUGGCUCCAGUUUAGACAUCUAAUGUUUCUAUGUCUGAAGUUAGAUGAGGUUAAUUUCAUCCUUGGUUACCAUUCUCUCAGGUUAAAACAGUAUCAAGAAAGGUUAUAUCUUGAAUUCACCGUGAAGAGAUCCAAACUGCCCAUGGCAGAUGAGAAACCAUUUCAGAGACAAGUCUAUCUAGUUCCAAUUUGCACUAAAUGGGAAGCAAGAUCAGAGCCUUUAACAGUAUCUGUGCUUUCCACCUUCUGCUCUUUGAGAAACAGUCUUCAGUCAUUUGAAUCAGUUUUAUGCCUCAAUCAAACAUUUUUUCUUCUUGAAAAGCAUUUCUACCAGUUUCAUACUCUGAUGACUCCAGGGGAAUAUGACUGUACUCAGGGAACAAGCCUUGACUGUCAGGUCACAGGAGCAUUGGAUCCUGAGAUCUGUAUCUGCACUGAGCAUUUUUUGGCUUCCAUGAAAGCAGAAUGCUGUCUCUGAUUUCAUGGCUACAGAUGAGUUCAAAUUAAUGAACAUAAGAGAUAGAUAUAGCUUUGCUUUCUGAAAGGCUAAGACUAAUGCACAGUUUUGCAAAACCUAGGCAUGAACUCUCUCUAGUUUCCUGUAAGUGUGUUUGCUGCCCUUGUAGGUUUGCACAUAAGCAGCAAUUGUCAUCUUUAGUGUAGAAGGUUAAAUAAAGCAAAGAUAAAAUUAAUCACUAUCAAAAUUCAACAGAAGGUGGGUGGAAGGGUGAAAUCAAACUGAGCAGUGGAGGGGAUCUAGUCAGAUCUGGGUAUGUUGACAAAACCUUAUUCUUCCCCUUUACUAAACCCUAUCAUAAAGAAGUUUGCUGCAAUGACAAGAGAUGUAGGUGAAUACAUUAAAAAUAAACAUCUGAUUUUUGUAAAGCUUAAAGAAGAUUUCUGCAAACAUGGCAUCUGGACACACAGACAACGUUACUGCUCUGUCAGACCCUUCGACAAGUUGCAAGGAUGAAAAUUUCUUACAGGUGAAAUCUUACCUCUCUGCCUUUUAUGGCCUAAUCUUCCUAGUGUGCUUCCCUGGGAACAUUGUGACCAUUUUUGUUUACUUUGUCAAGAUGAGGCCCUGGAAAGGCAGCACCAUCAUUAUGUUAAACCUGGCUGUCACUGACCUACUGUAUGUAGCUACACUUCCUUUCUUUAUACACUACUCUGCUAAUGGAAAUAACUGGAUUUUUGGAAACUUCAUGUGCAAGUUUAUUCACUUUGGCUUCUAUUUCAACAUGUACAGCGGUAUUAUCUUCCUUAGCUGCUUCAGCAUCUUCCGAUUCCUUGUAGUCGUCCACCCAGUUAGAUGCUUUUUUAUUCAAAAGAAGAGAUGGGCUGUGGUGACUUGCACAGUAAUUUGGUUGAUUUCCCUGGUAACGAUCAGCCCUUUAAACACCUUGAUCUCCAUAAAGCAUACACAGAACAGGACAAUCUGCCUAGACCUGUCUUCUGCAGAGGACCUUGACAGUACUCUAUGGUAUAACUGGCUGCUGACGAUAUUUGCCUUCUUUUUGCCCCUGGUGACAGUAACUCUGUGCUAUGCACUCAUUAUUCAUGCCUUGGCCACAGGGCCCCAUACGCAGGCUUGCUACAAACAGAAGGCCCGCAGGCUUGCCGUCGUCCUCUUGGUGGUCUUCUAUGUGUGCUUCCUCCCCUUCCAUGUCUUUCAGAUGAUUCGGAUUGAGCUUCGUGUGCGAGUGGCGAGCUGCAAUCUCAAGAACACGAUCCUUUUUAUAUUCAUUCUAACUAAACCUUUAGCAGCAUUAAAUACAUUUGGAAACUUGUUGCUCUACGUAGUGGCAGGAGACAGCUUCCAGCAUGCCAUCUUCUCACUCCUCAAGUUUUGGACACACAAGAACUUGAAAUAGAAAAGACUGAUGCCAUAAAAGAGCUAUACAGAGAGAGUCCAAACCUGCCCAUAACCAGGCAGGCAGAACUUCUCCUCAGUCGGAGUACUCAGACUCGCACUUCCAAUGCCAAAGGAGAAUUUAUCCGUUCUGUGUUUUGGAAUUACACAUCAUCAUA